CUGCCGCAGGAUGGAGACGCAGAUACAUGUGCCCGUCGGCUCGCCGGUAAUCAGGAAAAUCCACGUGUUUGUGGAUGAACACAACGUGACGGAGGGAGCUUUACAGCUCAUUAAGGAACUGAGACCGUCGUGGGAGCCGAGCAGCGUCAACACGAAGUUUUUCACUGAUGGAACCACCAACAAGCUAGUGGGCUGCUAUGUGGAUGACAGUCCUGAGGAUGUGGUCCUGGUCCGAGUGUAUGGAAACAAGACAGAGCUAAUUGUGGACAGAGAUAAUGAGCUCAGAAGCUUUCAGGUGCUGCAUGCUAACGGUUGUGCUCCACGCCUCUACUGCACUUUUCAAAAUGGCAUCUGCUAUGAGUUCAUGCAGGGAGAUGCUCUCCGGCCUCAGGAUGUUCGAGAUCCAACCUUGCUUCGGUUGAUAGCCAGGGAAAUGGCUCGCAUCCAUGCUAUCCAUGCCCACAAUGGCUGCAUCCCCAAAUCCAGCCUUUGGAUCACGAUGAGGAAGUAUUUCUCUCUUGUGGCCACAGAGUUCACUGAACAAGCCUCCAACAUCAGAAUCCAGCAGGAGGUUCCUAGCAAGGCAGUCCUGGAGAAGGAGAUCCUGUGGAUGAAGGAGCAUCUGUCCACUCUGGGAUCCCUUGUGGUACUCUGUCACAAUGACCUGCUAUGCAAGAACAUCAUCUACAACAGCAAAGAAGGUCACGUUCGUUUUAUUGACUAUGAGUACUCAAGCUACAACUACCAGGCUUUCGACAUUGGCAACCACUUCAAUGAAUUUGCAGGCAUGGCUGAUCUGGACUAUGGGCUGUAUCCCAGUCGGGACAUGCAGAUGGACUGGCUCAAAGAGUACCUGCAGGCAUUCAAACUCUUCACCAAGAAAACAGGGGAGGUCACCCCACGAGAGCUGGAGACACUCUAUGUACAGGUCAACAAGUUUGCUCUGGCUUCUCACUUUUUCUGGGGCUUCUGGGCGCUCAUCCAAGCCAAGUACUCCUCCAUCGACUUUGAUUUUCUUGGAUAUGCUGUGCUCCGUUUCAAGCAGUACUUUGAGACCAAACCUGCAGUGAUGGCCCUGCAGAUCCCAGAAUGAAACGGAGUUCCUGAGGUGAAGAAGAUGGGUGAGAAGACUGGAGGGAGGCCUCAGAGGACAUGUGCUUAAACUUUGUGCAGGACAGAGUGGGAGCUUCCUGUUGGACAGUUCUGUUAGCCCGUGGACCACUGCUCCAUCUACCAGGAAGUCUUUGUCUUUACAAGCGCAAUUACUCUGUUUCUUCUGAACUUACCUCAACAUUCACCUCAACUCUCAAGAGUGAUGCACGAUCAGUUCUUUUUGUUUCAAAUCCCUGAAUGUCUUUUAACAGGAGGAGCACGUCAGUCAGUCUUCAGGAGGAUUCCACAGUUUAAAGCAUGUUUUUCUGUCUCAUGCUCUGAUAGUAAAGGUUUGUUUGAGAACUUUAUGACGAUUAACUUGAGACCGUUCCUCCUCCUGUCAGUUCAUUCUAUCUGUUGUAGCUCCAGUCUGACUCUCUUCUUUUUGUCUUUGGUGCUAAGUGCUCCUUGCUGCUAGCUGUCUGCACUAAACCACAGAUAACUUGUGUAUCCAGUAUCGUGGGCACUCUUUUUAUUUUUCUGUAAAUAUAUUUUAACCUUUUGGUGUUUCUCAUCUAGCAAACUGCUGCUAGAAGUUUAGAGCAUACGUUAAUGUCUUGAUGGGUCUUUUGUUCC